AGCCAGGGGUGGGAGUCAGGUGGGGAAGGUGUGACGGCUCUUGCAACAAGGUGCUGGCAGGAACCUACGUGGGAACAUCUGCUCUGACUAGCCGUCGGGUCCCACCUCUCCACAGGCCAAGGACAGCGAUGAUGAUGAUGACGUCACUGUCACCGUGGACCGAGACCGCUUCAUGGAUGAGUUCUUUGAGCAGGUGGAGGAGAUCCGGGGCUUCAUUGACAAGAUCUCGGAGAAUGUGGAGGAGGUGAAGAGGAAGCACAGUGCCAUCCUGGCCUCCCCCAACCCCGACGAGAAGACAAAGGAGGAGCUGGAAGAACUCAUGUCCGACAUAAAGAAGACAGCGAACAAAGUCCGCUCCAAGUUGAAGAGCAUUGAGCAGAGCAUCGAGCAGGAGGAGGGCCUGAACCGCUCCUCGGCCGACUUGCGGAUCCGGAAGACACAGCACUCCACACUGUCCCGAAAGUUUGUGGAAGUCAUGUCGGAAUACAACGCCACACAGUCCGACUACCGCGAGCGCUGCAAGGGUCGCAUCCAGAGGCAGCUGGAGAUCACCGGAAGGACCACAACCAGUGAGGAACUGGAGGACAUGCUGGAGAGUGGGAACCCCGCCAUCUUUGCCUCUGGAAUCAUCAUGGACUCCAGCAUAUCGAAGCAGGCCCUGAGUGAGAUUGAGACACGGCACAGUGAGAUCAUCAAGCUGGAAAACAGCAUCCGAGAGCUGCACGACAUGUUCAUGGACAUGGCCAUGCUCGUGGAGAGCCAGGGGGAGAUGAUCGACAGGAUUGAGUACAAUGUGGAACACGCCGUUGACUAUGUGGAGAGAGCUGUGUCUGACACCAAGAAGGCCGUCAAGUACCAGAGCAAGGCUCGCCGGAAGAAAAUCAUGAUCAUCAUCUGUUGUGUGAUCCUGGGCAUUGUCAUCGCCUCCACCUUUGGAGGCAUCUUUGGAUAGAAACCGCCCACCUGCCACUCUACUCUGAAUGGGCCACCCCAGGAGGUCCCUGGCUGCUGACUGGCUGGGUUGCCCUCCCCACCCCGUCUUCAGGCUUGGAGCACCCUCCCUCCCACCCCAUUCUGCUCCUCUCUCUGCCAUGGGGCCCUCUACUUCCACCCUGCCCCAAGCCCUGUUGUGUGCAUGAUCUUUGUAACAGUGUGUGUCUGUACAGGAGAGGCGGGGGGAGCCAGGCUGGGCAACAGCUGCAGGGGGGUGGGUCAGCAAGGAGUAGGCUGAGACCCUGGCCCAGGCUGCCUCACCUUUACCAAACAGGGCUGCCCAGGGUGGCACAUGCUGCCCUUCCUUGCCUUUAGUAACAACUCAGGCCAGGGGUCUGCCCUUGCCUGGGAUAAAGGCUCCUUCUGGACACCCAUCUUGCCUGACCUACCUGCCCAUCUGCCCCAUCCUCUGGCCUCUCCAGCUCUCCCAAGCUGAGCCCCUGAGGGGUGGGGACCAGCUGGCCACAUGGUGCUCCUUUUCAGGUUAGGGGAGGGGUGGCCCUGAGGGACAGCCCAGCUUUCAGCCUCUAAUAGCUGAUCACUGCCAGGGAGGCUGCGGGUGUUGUGGCUUCUGGCCUGUCAAGACCAGGCUCUCUCCCCUACCUGGGGCAAAGUCUAAUA